GCCGAGGUGUGUGCAGGCGUCUUGGCUGAUGUCAUCCGCUGUGUGCUCAGCGGCAGCGAUGCCUGCGUCCUGGGCUUGGGUUGUGCUGAUGUGGGGUCCUGGUCCAGUAUGGUGGGCAGUGGUGAGAACAUUGGGAAGCUCGGCUUGAUUCCUUGUGCCAUCUCCUGGCUGUACAGCGCCAUCGAGCGCCGCAGAGAGAGGACGUGGACCGAUCUCAGUGUGUCAGUGUCUGCCAUCGAACUGUGCUGCGGGGAGGAGGACACACUGAGGGAUCUGCUGGGGGAAGUGGUUCCAUCAUUAGGCAGCAUCCACGACAGCCCGAAAGCCCACAUUAAACUCCAGGAGGACCCGGUCUACGGAGCCCAGCUACACAACCACAACCGGGUGAAGGCCCCCACCGCCGAGCGCGCUGCUUCCCUCCUGGACGCGGCCGUCGCAGCGCGUCGGCACAGCGACUUUAUCACGUACCUGUGUGACAGCUCCAUCAUGUUCUUCACCCUUCACGUCCAGCCUCCGCGCACAGAGAGCAGCACCAUUGGAAAAGGUUCCCGCGGCACCACCAAGUUGACCAUGAUAGACGUGUGCAGUGGUAUGAGGGGUGUCAACAAAAAUAAACCCCCCCAUUCUGAGCUGGGCCCAAUCGUCCUGUCUCUUCUAAGUGGACAGAAAACCACCGCGAACAAGAGUGGGAAGCUGACUUUGCUCCUUCGAGAGUCCCUGGGCCACACAAGUUGCCACACCACAGUAAUUGCUCAAAUCAUGGACUCUUUG